ACCCCUCUUUUCUCUAUUUAAGCGCGCCAACAAAGACGCGUUGUAGGCUGGUUCAUUUAAGAAACAACACAAAGACUAUUCCCCGUCUUUCCAGUGGCUAUAUCCGUCUGUCUUCCAGUCAGUAUGCCGGAGGAAACGUCCACCUCCACUUCUGAGAGUGUGGAGGAGAAGCCGUGCUCAUCAACCGCAGCUGCUGCAGCAGCCUCGGACGGUGCUGACGUUAUGGAAGAGGCAAAAAAACUGAUUGGCACUGGGAAAAGACAUCUGGUGAUGGGAGAUGUUGUGUCUGCUGUCAAUGUUUUCCAAGAAGCCUGUGGCAUGCUGGCUGCAGCGUAUGGAGACACUGCAGACGAGUGUGGUGAGGCAUUUUUUCUCUGUGGGAAAGCCCUACUGGAGCUGGCCAGGAUGGAAAACAGUGUCCUUGGUAAUGCACUAGAUGGAGUUCCUGAAGAAUCAGAAGAGGAAGAACAACCCCCCAACUCGAAUAUUGAGAGUGCCUCCAACCUUGAUGAAAAGACUAGAGAUGAGCUACGACAGCAAGUGUAUGACGCAAUGGCAGAGCAGGAAAAGCCUAAAUCAGCUGAUGCAAAAAUGGAGUCAGCAGAUCCAAAGUCCACAGAAAACACUGUGGCCAAGUCACCGAUGAAAGGCAUGAAUGGAUCGGAGAAGGUCUCUGAAUCCCCUGUGAAAGGCGAAACUGAAGCUGCUGAGAAACCAGCUGCCUCUGUGAAUAAUGGGAUGUCUGCUGCUAGUGGGUCACCUGCUAAAGUAACUGUGGCUGAAAAAGAGCAGAAUGGAGAGGCAGAAAAGGAGGAGAAAUCCAAGGAAGACGGUGAACAGGAAGAACCAGAGGAUGAUGAUGAUGAUGAUGAGGAUGACGACGACGAUGAGGAUGAAGAUGGCGAGAAAAAUGGGCAAGAGAAAGAAGAGGAAGUUGGCAAUUUGCAGUUGGCUUGGGAGAUGCUGGAAGUGGCUAAAGUCAUCUAUAAAAGGAGAGAAGACAAAGAUGAACAGCUAAUGGCAGCCCAAGCAUAUCUCAAACUGGGAGAAGUCAGUGCUGAGUCAGGUAACUACCCACAGGCCCUGGAAGACUUCCAGGAGUGUCUUGCCCUGCAGCUGAAGCACUUGCCCCCCCACAGUCGCCUGCUGGCGGAGACUCACUACCACGUGGCCACCACGCUGUGCUACAUGGACCAGUACAACCAGGCCAUUCAGCACUACAACAGCUCCAUCAAAGUCAUCGAGACUCGUCUGGCCAUGUUGCAGGAGGUGAUAGAUGCAGCGGAGGGAGCAGAUGGAGCGGCAGAAGACAAAUGUGAGAUGGAGGAGUUGAACCAGCUUUUGCCCGAAAUCAAGGAGAAAGUAGAAGAUGCUAAGGAGAGUCAGAGGACGGCCAGCACGGCCUCCCAGGCCAUUCUGCAGACACUAGGUGGCGGUGCCUCCACCUCAUCAGCAUUCCAGUGUGAAAAUGGAGGGGCGUCGUCUUCAUCAGCGUUUCCUGCACCCAGUCUGAUCCCAGUAAAAUCCUCUGACAUCACGUCACCGCCCAAAGCAGUCUCUGAUAUUUCACACCUCGUCAGGAAAAAGAGGAAACCAGAAGAGGAGCAGAGCCCAGUAAAGGAAACUGAUGCUAAACAGGCCAAACAGGAAGCCACACUUAAUGGCAGCGGUGACUCCACUGCCCGCAACGGCAAUGGAGUUCAAGAGGGAGAGUCACAGGAGCCUGCCAACCAGUCGGCCUCUGUCCAGUCUUCAGCGUGACGGCCCACAUGUGUUUGAUCUCUGAAAACCAGCACAUGACCUGCUCCAACUUCAGCAGUUUUUUUUUUCCUCUCUCUCCUGUAAAUAAUUCAUUUUCACAAGAUUUGUCUGUUCACUUUUUGUAUACUUGAAGUAAAAAAAAAAAAAAUAAAUAAACGAUUUGCAUAUC